AUGUCUUCCGUUGAUCUCAACGCAGUCCUCGCCAGGCUGACCCUCGAGGAGAAGGCCUCUCUCCUGGCCGGCGCGGACAUGUGGGAGACCGUUCCCGUCCCCGAGAAAGGCGUGCCCAAAGUCAAGACCUCUGACGGUCCCAAUGGCGCCCGUGGUGCCUCCUUUUCAGGCGAUGUCACCGCUGCCUGCUUUCCCGCGGCCUGCUGUGUCGCGUCGACCUUUGAUGUGGACUUGGCCCAUCGUAUCGGUGCUGCCCUCGCUGAGGAGACGCAGACCAAGGGGGCCCGUUGCAUCUUGGCCCCGACCAUGUGCAUCCACCGUCACCCCCUCGGUGGUCGCAACUUUGAAAGCUUCUCCGAGGACCCCUACCUGACCGGCAAAAUGGCCUCCCGAGUCGUGGCCGGAUGCCAGGACAAGGGCGUCGCCGCGACCAUCAAGCACUUUGCUGCCAACGAGCAGGAGACCGACCGUCUCUCUGUUGACGAGACGAUCAGCGAGCGUGCCCUGCGCGAGAUCUACCUCAAGCCCUUUGAGAUGGCCGUGAAAGAAGCGAACCCCAUGGCCGUCAUGACUGCGUACAACCAGGUCAACGGCCACCACGCAGACUCCAACGAAUUUCUCCUCAAGAAGGUGCUGCGAGGCGACUGGGGGUGGGACGGCCUCGUGAUGAGCGACUGGGGCGGCACAAACUCGACGGCGGCGUCGCUGAACGCUGGCUUGGAUCUCGAGAUGCCUGGUCCGACGCGCUGGCGGAAGCCCGAGGCUGUCGUUGAAGCUGUCAAGAAUGGUGAGGUAAGCGAGGCGACCAUCGAUCAGCGAGUUAUACGCGUGCUGGGCUUCCUGAAACGCCUUGGUUGUUUCGAGGAUGGCAGUAUCCCCGAUGAGAAGGCUAUCAACAAACCGGAACACCAGUCCCUGAUUCGCGAGGCCGGCUCCAAGGGCAUCGUACUACUGAAGAAUGAAAAGGAGAUCCUGCCUCUGUCCCGGAACAAGGUGGCUGGCAAGAAGAUCGCCUUGCUCGGGUAUGCCAAGACGGGCAUGGCUCACGGUGGUGGCAGCGCCUCUGUCAACGCACACUACCGCAUCACCCCCUGGGACGCUCUUCAUGAGGCUCUCGGCAAGGAUGUCGAGUUCUCGUACGCCAAGGGUGCUCACACUUUCCGCUCACUGCCCUGCAUUGACGACGGUGUUGUGGACCUCAGCGGCGGCAAGGGCUUCACACACAAGAUAUACGAGCCCGGUCGCUCCGAGCCCAUUGAGGUGGAACACGGACACCCGAACAGCGACAUUAGCGUACUGACAUUCCGCACUCUUGACAAGUCCGCCACUCUCGAGGGCACCUACACCGCGCCUACGACGGACAGCUACUACUUUACCGUCUCCGGCCUUGGCCCAAGCAAGCUCCUCAUCGACGACAAGCUCAUUUACGAGCAAAAGGAGAACUGCCGCGACGCCAUGGGCUUCCUCUUUGGCGGUGCGCCUGCCCCUGAGAUCAAGGUGCCUCUCGUGGCCGGUCAGCAGUACAAGGUCAACAUCUUCACGAGCCCACCGGCACCCCAGGAAGGGGUGGAUCUUGGCAUCUUCGCUGGACGCAUCGGUCUGCGCACCGGUCACAUGUCUGCUGCCGAGCACGACAAGGACCUCCUGGCCGAGGCCGUCGAGGUCGCCAAAGCCGCCGAUGUCGCCGUCGUCUUCACCGGCCACGAGACAUUCUGGGAGACCGAGGGCCAGGAUCAGCAGUCCUUCCACCUACCCAAGGACGGUAGCCAGGAUCGCCUGAUCAGCGGGGUGGCCGCGGCCAAUCCCAACACCAUUGUUGUUAACUCAACGGGUGUCGCCGUGGCUAUGCCGUGGCUCAAUGAGAUCCAGGCUCUGGUGCACACUUGGUUCCCCGGUCAGGAGGUUGGCAAUUCCAUCGCUGACAUCCUCACUGGACGGCAAAACCCCGAGGGCCACCUGACCUGCUCGUUCCCCAAGAAGCUCGAGGACUGCCCCGCCUAUGGCAACUUCCCGGGCGAAUACGACAAUGGCCAGCUCAAGGUCUCCUACAAGGAAGGUGUCUUUGUCGGUUACCGUCACUUUGACCGCCUGUCCCCUGACAAGGUGAACUUUCCCUUUGGCUUCGGCCUGUCAUACACCAGCUUUGGCUUCUCAGACUUGUCCGUCCGCCCGGCGGGCGAUGACUUUGACGUGGCUGUCAAGGUGACCAACACUGGUGGCGUUGCGGGCGCGACCGCUGUACAGAUCUACGUGGGCAGCGCGUCGCCCUCCGCAGAGGACCCCAUCAAGGCGUUGGCUGCUUUCAGCAAGGUCUCUCUCCAAGCUGGCGGGGCCGCGACGGUGACACUGAAGGUCACUGGUCGGGACAUUGCGUCGUGGGAUGAGAAGUCCUCCAGAUGGGAAGUCAAGCAGGGCGAGUAUAAGUUCAUGGUCGGCAGAUCAGCUGCCGAUGUGGCUUUGGAGACUAAGAUGGCCGUUGGGGCCAGAUCAUACGAUCCUUGA